AUGGGGAACCCUUCCGCACCUAUCGACUACGCUGCUCAGGGCUUCCAAGACCUCUAUGUGACUCUCGACGGAGCUGUGGCUAUCGUGACCAUUAACCGUCCGGCUCAAAGGAACACCUUCGGAGGGCGUCUUCCCUUGGAGAUCAUCGAGGUGUUCAAGCUCUUGGAUCUCGACGACAGAGUGCGCGUAGUGAUCCUCACGGCUGAUCCCAAGGCCCCUGCCUUCUGCUCCGGAGCGGACUUGUCGGGCGGUUGGAAACUCUUCUCUGAUCAACCAGUAGUAGAGGUGGAGGGCUUGAAAGCUUACCGUGACCGUGGGGGGAGCGUCUCUCUCGCCAUUCACAAGUGCCGCAAGGUCACCAUCGCUGCUGUGAAUGGACAUGCCGUCGGCGUCGGCGUCACCGGCUUCCAGCUUCCGUUCGACUUCCGUCUCGUUUGGGAGGGUGCCAAGCUCGCCUUGCCUUUCACUCGUCGAGGUAUCUCACCCGAGGCGGCAUCGACAUAUUUCCUGCCUCGCCUGCUCGGACAUUCGCGCGCUACUGCAUUGCUCCUCACUGGUGGCACCUUCUCCCCAAAGUCGCCAUUGCUCGACGGCUUGUACUAUUCUGUGCACCCCACACGCGAAGAGGUGUUCCCCGCUGCACUCGCACUUGCGAAGGAUUUGGCCGAGAAUACCAGCAUGACAAGUGUCGCGGCCGCGAAGGCUCUUCUCUGGCGCGGCUCAGACUCGCCUGAGGGACAACACCUGCUUGAUUCACGUUCCCUAGGUGAAUUGGCCGGGCUUACGGACGCGAACGAGGGUGCUGUGGCAUUCAAGGAGAAGAGAAAGCCCGUGUACAAAGAUACACUCGGAGACAUGAAAGGAUGGUUUCCAUGGUGGACGCCGUUGCAAGUUGCCAUCGAGAGAUCCAAGCUCUGA